AUGUGCUGGAGAGGCGGUCAGCCGAGGGAGCCCGAGUACGCGAACGCUGAUAAGAGCUGCACGUGGGAGCUCGUCGAGCUGCAGAAGCACUUCCACCCCUCCGUCUCCAAGUGGUCCGGGAUGCUGCUCGAGGGAACGCCCAUCUUCUACCAGGGCAACCCGCUGCAGGACUUCACGCUGACGGCCUUCCUCGACCGCUUCUCCUUCCGAAACCCCAAGCAGAAGGAGCGCGAGAAGGGCGGCUCGCUCAUGCAGCCGCUCAGCGUGCCGCACUGGGUCAACAAGGAGCCCGUCAACAGGCCGCAGUUCCUGCAGCACCAGGAGAGAGUGCGCGAUGAGGAGCAGUUCUUCUACAAGUUCUUCUCGCAGAAGAAGAUGUUGGCCAAGCUCAGCGGUGAGGAGACCACGGACAAGAAGAAGAAGAGCAAGGACGAUCUGGAGUUUGCUGGGGAGACCGACAAGGAAACGGGCGAGUACGACUACAACGACAUGGUCUUGAGCGAGGAUGAAGAGGAAGUCCGCGAGGACCUUCCGCUCGACAACGAAGAGAACGACGAGUUCUACGAGCACCUGCUCAUGCAGGAGCUUGAAGCCGAAGAAAACGGAGACUUUGCAGAGGACGAUGCCGAAGCCAGCGGCGACUUUGCGUCGCUGGACGAGUUCGCCCACAUCCUGGAUGGCGCGGGCGGCGAGGAGGUCAGCGCCAAGCAGAAGGAGUGGGAGGCCCGCAUCAAGAAGAACAAGAAGGGCGCCAAGGGCAAGAAGAAGGCAGCGAGCGACGAGGGCGAGGACGAGGGCGACAUCUUCGACAUGGACGACAGCGCCAGCGGCGAAGAGGAAGACGCGGGCGACUUCAACUUUGCCUCCAAGGACGGCGACUACUACGAGGACGAGACCAUGACCAGCACGUCGAAGAAGAGGAAGAGGCCCUUCAACAUCGGCGGCGGUGGCCGAGGCGGCCGAAGCGCGAAGAUGGCCCGGGGCGGCGGCACCAGCCGAGGCGGUCGAGGUGGUGCCAGAGGCCGCGCCGGCAGCUCGCGUGGUGGCUCCCGCGGCCGUGGCGGCUCUCGCGGCGGUCGUGGCCGCAAGUGA